AUGGACCCUCCACGCUCGCAGUCCACGCGCCGCUCCUACCCCAACCUGCACAACCUCUCGCUGGCCCCACUAAGCAGCCAGUAUCCACUCGAUGCCUCCGCACCCCCAUCCCCAGACGAGGACCGCAUCUACACCCCGCGUACCUCGUAUAUUGCGCAAAAGAGCGCGCCCACCACCCCGGGAAUCCUCAGCCUGAGCCAGAGCCGCAGCAGCUCGCGCAAUGGCAGGCGCAAUAACAAAGCAUAUGCCUACGACGGCUACUUCAUGAACCCGGAUGUGCCUGUAAGGGACGCGGGCCAUGUUCCAAAGGCGAAGAGCACCACCGCGCUCCUUCCAGGCGUGAGCUUUGCGGACCAGCCCAAGCUUCAGGGCCGGCAUCACGCGCGGAAGGGCACCGCGCCGCUGCCUCUACGUCCCGCCCACCUUCGACACCACACCGGCGAGUCAACGAACGAGUGGUUCCAUCGCGCAGGCAUGGUAAUAGCUGGAGAGACAAGAGACUCCAAGGGACAGGGCUGGCUGGUGCGCAGGGAGAGCUCCACGAGUUUGGUCCACCAGAGCGACGGCUACGAGGAGUAUCCGUCCCAUGAGGGUCGGCACAUGGCGUUGCUGUCUGGCGAGCAUCUAACCGACGUCGAGUACAGCAUCUUCACACCGCGCUACUCGAGGGCCGGCAGCCGUGCUCAAAGCCGUGUGCAGAGCCGUGCUGUGAGUCGUGCACCUAGCGCGCGCACAAGUCGAAGAGGAUCCCGCGUGGGCAGCCGCGCCGAUCUCACCAUGACUGCCGGCCUGCGGACACCCAGCGCGCGCCAUAGCCUGGAGAUGGAAGACGCCAUGUUCGAGGAGGGUCCCCUAGAAGCGGACUUCGUCGAGGCUGAUGAAGAAAACGAGGGCGACGAGGAGGAAGUUGCUCGUUUGGCGCGCGAGCGUGGUUUCGGCCUUGGUACCUGGGUAGACAGACUAAUGGGUUGGACGCUGUUCAGCGUGGACGAAGAUGGCGAAGAGUCGUCUUCAGAAGAUGAAGAAGAGGGCGAAACGCCCCGACCUGAGAACAUGACGAAGGAGGAGCUGAAGCUCAGGCGGGAGGUCGAGGCCAAGCGGAGGAAUCUUGAGCGUGAGGCUAUCAUCGCGGCAGCGGCUGUUCAGGCGCCGAAUGACAGAGAUAAAGCGAGUGAUGAGGCUGGAGCUGCUGUGAGACCGACUCUGGGUGAGGAAGGUGGAGGCUGGGCCGAUGCAGCAUGGCUUGUCAGCGUUGCCGCGAAGGUUUUGUUGUAA